AGAGAGAGAGAGAGAUUCAAACAUAACCUCAAUUUCUACCGCAUUUGACAGUAGUCGAUACAAACGACACGGAGACCAAUAAUUUGCUCCAUUGGACUUAUACUAACAUUUAAUAAUAGAAAUGUAGCAUAUCCGAUACCGAGAGGUGUUAUUAUUCUUGGUUACUCUGUCCACGUCGAGUUACCUAUUUCAAGAGACUCCAAAUGGCACCGUUAACGGAUUUACUUUCCUGCAGUGUAAUCGAGAAAGACUGUAACGGGGACGUCUUGUGGACGUGGUCCUAUCCAGCGGUCACGGAGUCUCAGAAGACCGUCGUGACGAGAAAGUGCAACUUAAAGUCGGAGCACACGUCCCCCCACGUAUUCGUGUGCGCGAGACACGGCCACGACUGGUUCUACAUACACUGCAGCGAGGUGUUUGACUCUGACAAACUGCCGAAGGUGAAACAGUUUGCGCUGGUGCUCUUUGCCAAGGAUUUCAAUCCACAGAAGUACGAGGUGCUGUCGCGGGUUCUCAGCAAAAUGUAUUGCAAAACCGGUAAACCCACGGAGAUCUUGCAGCUGUACCUGUCUGUGUUCACGAAGGGCUCCUGUUCGACGCAGGAGAACGGAACGUUUGUCUCGGACGACUUCAACACUCAUUGUUUCGCGGCCAGCACCAACGUCAGAGAACUGAUUAAGACGUUCGAGUUGGAAACAAUUUUGAUAUACACCGCCCUCUUGCUGAAGAAGAAGAUUGUUGUGUAUCAUCACAGUCUGGAGCAGCUUCUCAAGUGGAUAAGAACAUUCCCAGCGUUGAUGAAGCAUAGGAGAGUCACUGACAAUCUCUUUCCCUGGAUCGACUUGGUAAACGACGAGUUGAUCGAACUCAAGAAAUAUUCGCACUACGUGGCAGGCUGCAGUAACAGCUCGAUAUCAUCAAGAACAGAUCUGUACGAUCUGCUCGUAAACAUUCCUGCCAGAGAGAUUACCGUAGCGCCGCAUGCCAAAGAGAGUCUCACAAUGACGAAGACCCACAAGGAAAUAGCCCUGUUUAUGGUCCAACUGUGCGAGAAUCAAAGCUACACGGAGGCGCAGGUUAUAUCCGAGAUAAACGACAAAACGCAAGAUCUUCUGAACCAGUUGACCUCGUUAGCGACGUUGCAAGCACCAGAUGGCAAGCGAAUGAUCUCCGUCGAGAUAUUUAAGGAGAAAAGCUUGGCGCCGGCUGUAGAGAGUUUUCUCAUCAAUUUAGCCAUUGCCGAGAAUCUCUUUGUAUUAUGAUAACGUUACAAACCAAAGUCUCCGAGCGUAUCCAUUAAGGUCCGGUUUUUCAUUUGCUUUUUUUGGUUUUCCCCCCAACCGCUAAGUUAUUUGGUGUGUCUUCUCGUUCUUAAUGUCUUUGGCUACACAAUUUUCCCGGUUCUUUUAAUGAAUUGAUAGAUAAGCGGUUUUUCAUUUACUUAAACGAAUUGAUUGAGUGUUAUCUAGGGGUUAGUCGAUUAUCUAUCUCUUCUUAGAUAAUAAUAUAGAAAAAGAUAGAGGGUCGACUAACCUCUGGUUAACAGUAAAUCGGAAAAUGAAACACCGGGCCUAAGUAUCUCUUUCUUCUCGUUUUCUACAAGUAUGUCUUACAUAUAUUGAGAUGUAAGCAUUCAUUGUUAUAUUCCACCAACAUUUUACGCUCAUUUGUUACUCCUUACCCAGUAAACGCCCAAUAAAAGUAAAAGUUACGUAACAUCAAUAUUAUAAUUUCCUAUUCAACAAUGCAAAUGUAAUAUAACAUGCGUGUUAUAUUGCGUUUACACUGUUGAGUGAGAAACUAUAAUAUUGAUAUUAUGUAACUGUUGCUUGGUGUUCAAUGGGUUAUUCUUACUCGACGGCCUGAACCCUCGAUAAUAUUAUAUAUUGAUACUGUUAUUUAUAUUUUUAAGAAAUAUUUAUGUACACAAAAAAUACUAAGUCUACACUUCUCUUUGUAUGAUUCUCUUUGUAUUCCUAAAUAUAAUUAUUACAAUAUUAUAUAUAAAUUAAAUAUAAAAUAUUUUUUGCCAAUAUAUGUCAAUAUCCAACUUCUUUUAUGCAUGUCAUUUGUAAUUGAAGUUUCAAUCCCUUUACGCCCUCGUAAUUUUGUAAAAUCACUGUCGUUUAAACUUUUCGUCGGUGUUUCGUACCUUUUAUGAUUGCGAGAUACACGAUUGAAUAUGUAUAUGCGUUAUCUUAAACAAAGUGUGGGAUACAAUUAAUAUUUUUUAUAAAAGUUACAAAUAUUUUUAUGCAUAACAAAUGUUUCCUCGUACGCUGGACUGCAAAGUUAAAUAUUUUAAGUUAAAGGCCAAGAAUUAAAUAAAACAGACGCGUCUAUUCAAAUGCAACGUGUCGCAAAAUCGGCGAUUAUACGCGUCUGAUUGCA